AUGACGAGACGAACUCAAAAUAUCCCGUCGCGGAGACCAAGGCAAGAUGCCGGGUUCUUCCCGUCGCCCGCCAUGCGCUGCUUCCGCUUAGGGCCAACUGUUGAUUUUUAUCAAACAUCAGACCGUCGUUCAUCUUUGGUCUCGAUCCCCAAAUGGAAGCUUCGGGUGGAUCAACACGUUGCCAACGGUACCCAACCGAUCGGUCGAGUCAUGACUAACGAAAAACCCAUGCUCCGCUCCCUCCUCACCCGCCUUGUCUCAAUGAGGAACUGCAAGCCGCCUGAACACCAGCUAAAAUCGGCCAGAAGGCCGGGAACGUCGGGCUGGUUCCAGACGACUUCAAAACACUCAUUAUCAUCAGACGACCUGGGCCGAGUUGCCGCUUUCUCAAACAAGGCCAUGGAUCGAAACUGCCCACUAGAUAAUCGAGAUAGGGCGAUUUUGGCAAUCAACUGCUUGCCUCAGAGAGACCCAGCCCAAGGUUUCAAUAAUGCCCGGUGCAAUGCCACGUGGUAG